AAAGGCUUCAUAACUGGCGGGAGUCAAGUGAGGAGGACGCAGCGUUGAGCAGCUCACUACUAUACUACAGCAUACUGGCAUAAACUCUCCCCACGCUCACUAUAACACCUAUAGAUGAGUGUCCGGUUGAACAUUAUUGUAGCUGUUUGUGAGGGUGAAGGUAUCGGUCAAGGCGGUCAACUGCCAUGGAGGCUCAGAGAAGAGAUGAAAUACUUCACCCGCAUGACAAAAAAGACGAAUGCACCUGAGAAGCAGAAUGUGGUCGUGAUGGGACGGAAGACGUGGGAGUCCAUACCAAAGAAGUUUCGACCUCUUCCUGGCCGUAUUAAUGUGGUUUUAACAUCACAAGCUAAAAGUAACCUAGGCCAUUUUGAUGGAAGUACUGUUUGUAGCAGUUUUGAAGAUGCAUUGAGAGAGGUUCAUAGUCUGCAGGCGGAAACUGUCUGGGCUAUUGGUGGCUUCUCAGUAUAUAAGAUGGCUUUAGAAUGUGAACAACUUCACCGCAUCUAUCUAACUCGAAUAUUAAAGGAUUUUGAAUGUGAUACAUUCUUUCCAUCAUUUGACUCCAGUAAAUUCAGACUAGUAGGGGAUUCUGAAGUUCCAUCUGAGAUUCAGCAAGAAGGUGACAUCAGAUACAAAUAUGAAGUGUUGGAGAAGCUUUGAGUAGACUCAUUGUUCACUCUUAAAGGCACUUUAUUUCUCUAAUUUCUAGAAUAAACUGUUGUCUUAU